AUGGCAAUUGGUGAAUCCGCCUCCGUUUCGUACACGAGAGAAAGGUGCCUUCCGAUCCGCGCAGCACCUCAAAGCUGAGCAUAGGUUACGCUUUCGCAUGUGAACCCCAGCAGAUCUCACCAUUAUCCUUGUUUCUCUCCUGAGCCCACCACCCUCACACCCAUCCCCGAAGUCUCUUCCUUCCCCCAUCACACUGCAGGCGCUUCAUGUGUCCCUUGCGCCGACCUGCUUGCGGUGGCCUGCAGCACCACGAGCUCCACCACAUGCUCGUAUGGAAAGCUGACCCUCCCCAACACCAUCUGCACGGCCGUGACUUGGCCCCCUAAUACCGCUAACACCGUUGAGGGUACUCCUAUUUUCGGCCUUCAUGGGCUCGCUCACACCUCCGCGCUUCGGGUAUCUUCUUCAUUUCCCAGGCAAGGGAUUCUGCGAGUCGACACUGAAUCUUGCAUUUCGCCAAGGUUGCCCCUGACCUUGAAGCCCACGUUCGGCCUCAACAUCCCUUGGGGGCAUUGCGUUGCGCCGACGACGCAUGCCCAGUUCACCAGUGUGUAGCCGUUCAUGAAGGGAAGGGGUUCCGACGAACGUCAUGUAGUGAGUACUGGGCCUCUCCUUUUCACCUUCCCGCCACUCACAGCCAAUACCCUCAUCGACGACAUCCCCACCUUGGUCGGGCUCAAAGUCACAGGGGCGAAGUGGGGCUCGACGCUGGUCACCUCCGACAACACCUGCGCCUACUACACCAACACGUCAGGAACCGGCGUCGUCACGUUCUGGUGGGCCCACUCAACGUCGACCUGCUGGAUCCAGAACUCGGGCGCAACGGCUUCACGGUCGGGUCUGGAAGCUUUUAGGCCCUCAAUCGGACCAGGACGUGCGCAGCGGCAAAGGGCGUGUACCCGAGCAACUUCAACAUGAUUGUCAUUGCCUAGCCUAG